AUGGACCUCCGAAGGGCAGAAUGGAUCAAUGUUUCUGAUCUCCCGCCCCUUUUUCGCGAUGAAAUUCUGGGAUCAGCUGCAUACGUCACAAAGCGGUACUUUCGUUCUGCAAAGGGUGGUCAACUUGAUCCAGUAAAUGUGAAGCUGCCGAUGCCUUUUGUCGUGGCUAUCACAGGGACAGGCCAAAGAGGAAUUGGGGUUUCAAUUGCGCUCUCUUAUGCACAGGCUGGAGCAUCUGGGAUUUUACUGAGUUCACGCUCUGAAGCGAGCGCGAAGAGCGUUGCAGAACAGGUCAAAGCCAUCAAUCCAAGUUGCCGAGUGGAAUAUGAAGCUUGUGAUGUGUCUAAAGAGGAAGAUGUGAUUCGAUUGGCCUCUCGCUGCAGAUCGUCAUUUGGUCGACUAGAUGUUGCUGUCUUCAACCAAUGCGAACCACUACGAUACGAAAAGGAUACGGACGGGAAUCCCAUCUCCCCCUCCGGAAUUUGUGAUGAACUCGAGGAAGAGAGAAUGAAAGCUUGGGCUACUAAUUACCAUGGUACCUAUUCCGCUAUCAAAAAGUUCCUUCCUCUAAUUCAACAAUCUACCAAUGGGCCUCAAACAAUGAUUAUAUUGUCUUCAUUAGCGGCAAACUAUCCCUAUUCGACCUUGGGUUCACCGUCUUAUAAUAUGAGCAAACUUGCAUUGAACCGCCUAGCUGAGUAUGUUGAUGCAGAAUUCAAAUCAGAUGUGGUUUGCAUUGCUGUUCACCCGGGAGCUAUCAAGACAAAUGACGAGACUGUACCGUGGGAUGAUGUUUUGCUCGACGACAUCAGUUUGCCUGGUGGGUUCUGUGUAUGGCUUACAAAGACAAAGCGUGCGUGGCUAUCGGGCCGCUUUCUAGUCUCGGGAUGGGACGUUGCUGAGCUAGAGAGCCAGAGGGAAAUAAUUGUGGCGGAGGACAAAUUCAAAUUUAGAUUGAAGAUAUAG